AAUGCAGGCGCCGACGCGACGCCGGGCGGGGCAGGGGCCGUACUGGACGGGACGGACUCGGAGAGGGACUCGCCACGCACAAGGCCCCAAAGCGCCACACCGGCUGCCAGCGGCCACGCCACUGAGGCUCUUUAGAAGCGCCGAGCCGACCGGAGCCAGGGUAUCGACAGCGUGGACACCCUCGAGCGAGAGCCGUGUACACACAGGAUGGAGGGCCAGCAGGACGACGGCCAGCAGAGCUCGGCGUUGGAGCUGGCGAUGUACCCCAGGGCCGCCGAGCCUCACGAGGGCGCCCAGCAGCCACACGAAGUCGCCCAGCAGCCACACGAGGUGGCCCAGCAGCCGCACGAGGUGGCCCAGCAAGCACUGGAUGGACAGCCGCAAGCGAUGGAUGUGCCGCAGCAGCCCUUGGAGGUGCCCCAGCAACAGCACGACGUGCCCCAGCAACAGCAUGAGCAGCAGGCGUCUCACGUCCAGCAGCAGGACGUCCAGGCACAGGGUCACCACCACCACACCGUGCAUCACCAUCACCACCAGCUGCAGCACUACCACCCGCACCCCCACCACCCGCACUACCUGCACCACGGACACCACGAGCCGCUGGGACACGCCAUCGCGCACCCGGUGGCCCACCCGGUGGCGCUGCCCGCCGCCAUGCACGCCCCUACCCACGGCACGCCCGGCGAGGCCAACGUGCACCUGGUGAUCCCGCCGCAGCCGGCCCACCAGGGCGGCCACCCGGGCGGCCACCACCAGCCCGUCGAGGCCAGCGUGGCGCUGCUCAUGCACCCGCCGCAGCCGGCGCACCAGGGCGGGCUGGGCGGCCACCUCACCGUGCACCACACGCACACGACCACCGUGUACAGCACGGCGGGCGGCACGACGGGCGCCGCGGCCGCCACCACCGCGUUGUACGACAACUACGAGCAGACGCCCUGGACCUUCUUCCCGCCCGACUACCCCGUCCCCGAGGACGAGUACCGGCUGCUGGACACGAUCAAGAUGCCGGGGCAAAGCCGGGGAGGCUUCCACAUCAGCGACAUCCUGGAGCUGAACGAGGCCAAGGGCGCAGACGGCGACCACCCCACCCAACACCCUCUAUCCAACGGCCUCCCCCUGCUGCUGGGCAGCACCCCCCAGGACCUGGUGAACCUCUACAGCCACCCGGCCUUGCUGGGCCACCCCCUGUCCGGGGCGCCCGGCGACCACCUCGGCGGCGGCCUCGGCGGCCACCUCGGCCACCUGGGGCCCCUCACCUCCCUGCACGGCGGCGCUCCCCCGCGGCCCUGGAGCCACGACAACCGGGACCAGCCAUCGCCCGCGUCCGAUCCAGGAAUGCUCCCGCCCCAGGGACCUCAGCAAGUCUCCCCGGACAGCACGUCGCACCACAGCGCCAGCCUGGAGACGGCGGGCACCGAGCUGUCCAUGGACUCGACGACGUCCUCGCAGCACGCCGCUGACUCCACCCGGGUGAAGCACGAAGCGGCCGCGAACGGCGACGCGACGGCGGCCCACGACCAGAGCGGCGACCGGGGCCGCGACCCCCGGGACCGGGAUGACAACUCGGACCAGGACCACGACGACGACGAGAUGAUCGACGACGAUGACAUGGAGGCGGGAGAGACGGCCUUCGGCGAGUCCGAGGGCGGCCAGGGCGGCCCGGGCGGCGGCUCCGGCGGCCACCCCGGCGGCGUGCAUAAGAAGAGGAAGAGGCGGGUGCUCUUUAGCAAGUCGCAGACCUUCGAGCUCGAGAGGCGCUUCCGGCAGCAGCGCUACCUGUCGGCGCCCGAGCGCGAGCACCUCGCCUCCCUCAUCCACCUCACGCCCACGCAGGUCAAGAUCUGGUUCCAGAACCACCGGUACAAGACCAAGCGCGCGCAGCAGGAGAAGGGCAUCCACGACCAGCACUCGUCCAUGACGUCGCUGCCCAGCCCCCGGCGCGUGGCCGUGCCCGUGCUCGUGCGCGACGGCAAGCCCUGCGGCGGCAAGAGCCCCGGCGACCACAUGCACCUGCCGCCCUACCCGCACCCCGCGCACGCGGGGCCGCCGCCCAGCCACCACCUGGUGCUGUCCCACCAGACGAGAGGCUGGGCCUGGUAGUGUGCGCAGCGCCAGGCCGCGCCCCGGACCGGACGCCCACCUCUCCCCCAUCUGUGAUACUCUAUCCUGUACAAAAAAAGAAGAGAGACGAGUCGCUCGCGGCGCUCCUUAUCGGCACCGUGCGGAAACGUCGUGGCAAUUUUACGAAGAGCUGGAGAUCUUCAACCUGUUGCGCUCGAGGUUUUUAUUGUAACCAUGUUUUAGGGGUUUCGGCGGAACUUGAAGCCCAGGUGUUGGUAAAGUUGCGGGCGUUUUCGAUGUUGGGCUGACCGCGGUACGCCUCCCCCUUCCUCUUCCUCAAUCAUUGUGUUCCAAACUACGAUGGAAAGGGGCUAGUUUAAAAUAAAUUUUUGCCUUCUUGUUUCACGUAUAGUUUUGUUGUAGUAGUAUGUGGUAAUGAUAGAGAUUAUAUUGAUAAGAGUGAUAGUUGUAAUACUGGUACUAUGUGUUGUUAUUGUCGUUUUUUGAUGUCAUGUUCGAUCGCUUCUGAAUCGCGUGGUGGUUUCAAGGCCCGCUGCGAAAGUGGGUCAUUUUGUGAUGCAGUGCGCCUGCUAGGGCUAAGUGAUGAACAAACUGAUCUCUGGGUGUUAGGUCUCUUUUUAUUCGUCAGGUUUGUUGUACGUCGAUACUCCCUGAGUUUUUGAGAUAGUAAUACUAUUUUCCAUUGUGUUCCUAUAGAAUACACGCAAAGCUAUAUUUUGCAUCGUUACCAAAGAAUUUAUUCAUGCUGUAUAUUCCCAUUUGUAUGAUAUUACAUACUAGGCCCUAGGCAAAUUCUGUUAUAAAUUCUUAUACGAGUCUGAUGCAUGCUCUUGUGCAGAUACAUUUCAAAAGAAACAAGCUUUUUGGGAAUUUCCCGAGAUAAGUGUACUUAUGUCAAACAAAUCAUUGCAUUCCAGACUCGCAUACGCAUUUCCCCCUGUACAAAUUGUAAAGAUAUCUAAAUCCCUAUAAAUAUGUACAGAAAAUUUGAAACGGAGUGUGAUAUGAAAUUACGUAUUAUAAAAGUAUAUAUAAGCAUCUCUUUUGCCCUGGUCAGUCAUAAAUUUGUACAUAGAGCAUAGAAAAUUAUAAAGGAGUAGGUAUAUCUUAAAGAUUAUAAAAGAUGUGUUGUGAACGAAUCAAACCAAGUCAACUUGAACUACCGCUAUGAUUCGAGAUCGAAUAAAAUUAAUAUCAAGUUA